UUCUGUGUCACGCUAAUCAGCAAAUGCCGAACGAAUAUUACAUAUCACCCACGACAUGAUCACGUAGUUGAAAUCGUCGCCAUGAGCAGUCAAAAGUCGACGUAUCGUUCUAUUGGCGCCAGCAAUGGAUCAGAUAGCCCAGGCUUGGCGUCUAGAGGCAUAGUGAGUAGUACCUUAUCUCUGUCCAAAGUUGAACCACUGAUCGAUAGUGAAUAUCUAGAACUCAUCACCAAUCCGGGAAGCGCCAAAGGAUCACGAAAUGUCAGUCCAGCGCCUCUACCGGGAAAGGAAAUUCAAGCAUUCAAGCCCAUCGAAAAUGGUUUGAGGAAAUUUUCUAACGAAAGCUUUAUAGGUAUGGAAAAGAUGAACGAUAUAGACGGUGAAGGGUUGUCUGCCCUUCAUCGAGCUGUCCGUGCUGGUGAUGUCGCUACAGUGGUUGCUCUGCUGGAUAACGGUGCGGACAUCAAUCUUUUAGGCAAGAGUGGAUUAACACCGCUUCAUGCUGCUGUUAGGUUCGAAAGAGCCGAGAUUGUUAAACGUCUGCUUGAGAGAGGAGCAGAUCCACUUAUAGAAGGGGAGAACCAUUUAACACCACUUCACUCAGCGGCACGAAGAGGCUUUACGGAGAUAUGCAGGCUUCUCUUUAGAGAUCCCAGGUUAAUGCCAACGGCAGUAAAGGACGAAAGGGCUUCGCCAUUUCAUUUGGCCUGUUUGAGUGGAAAUCGAGAAACAUGCGAGUUGUUUUUAGCAAAUGGUGCGGACGUGGUAACGAAGUCAGGGCAGCAUACUCCACUCCACUUUGCAGCCUGGCAGGGGAACGAGAACAUUUGCAAGUUUCUUAUUGAAACAGCUUCAAAAGGGCAAUUUUCUGUGGCCGAAUUUGUCAAUGAAAAAGACAACGAAGGUAAGACAGCCCUUCACUACGCCUGCUUUAGAGGUCACACAGGAGUGGUGGACGUGCUUUUACGUCACGAAGCGGACCGGGAUGUAGUCGACUUGCUGGGUUGUUCGUCGCCUCUUCAUUUAGCAGCUAAAUAUGGUAAUGAGACGUCGGUCCAGCUUCUGAUCUUGUAUGAAGCUGUCAUUGAUUUAAGGGAUGGGAGCCUAAGAACUCCAUUGCACAGUGCUGCAGCGUUCAAUCACAAUCGAAUAGUCGAGCUUCUUUUGGAGAAUGGAGCUGAUCCGGAAGCCAAGGACAUGUUGGCUAUGACGCCAUUCCUGAUGGCAGUGACUCUGGGAGGAAGCCAAAGUGCGAAGAUUUUAUUGGACCACGGAGCUGAUAUAACAGCAACAGACUCUUCAUUGAAUAGUUGUCUUCAUUUGGCUAUUAAGUACAAGAGGGCAGAAAUGGUGAAAAUGCUCCUGGAAAGAGACACAGAUCAAAUGUUAAUACUAUCAAAGGAUAAAGACCUAAGGAGCGUGUUUCACUUGGCAGCUGGACUGGAAAAUUCAGAGAUAUUGGAAAUUCUAAUACAGUGGAGAAAACAGCACGAUGUCAAAAUUGAUCGUGAUGUUAACGAGAAGACACCUCUUCAUAUCGCAGCCGAAAAUGGCGCACUAGAGUGCGUGGAGCUUCUUUCUAGUUGCAAAGACAUGUUGAAUGACAGAGAUGAACUUGGACUCACAGCUCUUCAUUUGGCUGCCAGCAACAAACACACCAAAACGUGCGAGUUCUUAAUUUCAAAGGGCUCUGACGUGACAUUUGGGGAUGGAAAUGGUUGCACAGCCCUGCAUUUGGCAGUCAAGGCUGGCUCACUAAACACCGUAAAAAUCCUGCUUGACUGUCUUUUACCAAGUACACUGGAACAUAAAGAUUCCAGUCAAAACACGCCACUUCACGUAGCUUGCAUGCACAAUCGUCGAGAUGUUCUCAAGUUCUUGUUGGACAGAGGUGCUGACGUCACGGCCAGAAACAUAAGGAAUAUGACUUGCCUAGAUGUCGCCAUUGAAUGGGAAGCGGGCGAGGUGGCCAAGACACUCCUGAGACAUAAAAGGUGGGAAGAAGUGCUCAAGUCUAGUCACGGAGUGUAUCCUAUGCAAAAAUUAAUAGAAAAACUUCCUGAUGUCGCAGAGAUUGUUCUUGAUCAGUGUAUUAGCUACAGUCCCCUCCCCCCGUCGCACGAAGAUUUUUCUGUCACAUUUAACUUCAUUCAUUUGGAUCCGGAUGAGAACACCGAGCGCUUAAAGUACUUCGGUCCCGCGACUAUGGCGAUACAUCGACGGGAAAAGUUGCUAAACCACAAAGUUACGCAAGUGUUGUUACGUUGGAAGUGGAUGAUUUUGGGGAAGUUCGUCAACAUCGUCAAUACCAUAGCAUUUGCAGUUUUCGUCGUUUUGUUCUCUUUGCUUGUGGCCAAAGAAAGGGAGAAAGUUGAGUUCUCAUUCAAUUCUUCUGAAACAACCACGAUCAUGGAGGAAAAAGGCAAAUCAACCUUUGUGAAGAUAGUCCCUUAUGUAUUAACUGUAUUUUUGGUCAUACAACUUAUGAAGGAAGUAACUCAACUGACGUGGCUUCGAUUAUCGUACUUCAAGGAUUAUACAAACUGGUUAGAUUUAGCUAUGUUUGUAACGGUGUGGAUUUUCAUCUCUCCUUACAUGUUUGAAACAGAUUUGUACAGCAUGAAAACGCAAUGGACCGCUGGAGUUGUAGGCUUACUUCUGUGUUACAUCAAUUUUACGAUGUCUCUUCGUAUUUUCGGUGGGUUUGGCUUGUAUGUGACAAUGUACGUCGAAGUGCUUUUCACUCUCCUCAAAGUGAUGUCUACCUUUGUUAUUGGCCUAACGGGCUUCUCCUUGGCGUUUUAUAUUCUACUCCAGGAGCAGGGAAAUUUCACAAGUUUCUGGUUGGCUUUAGCAAAGAUUCAUAUGAUGAUGGUUGGUGAAUUGGAUUACACGGGCGUACUGGUGGAGAACGUUGUGAACAACUUCACAGUACCAGGAACAGAUGUCCCGUAUGUUCCUCUGCCAGCACUCACGUUCUGUCUGUUUUUUGUAUUCGUCGUCAUGGUGUCUGUAGUGCUUGUCAACUUGUUGGUUGGUCUGGCAGUUGGUGACAUCGAGGCCAUCAGGAAGACAGCAAGUCUGCGAGCUUUGAUAGACCAAGUUUUACUUGUUGACCACAUCUUGAAAUCUUACCCAAAGUUUAUUCUACGACGCAUAUACAAAAGUUCUUUGGAAAUAAAACCGAAUCAAAAUAGUUUCCUUAAAAGAGUUGCCUUUGCUGGUAAUGAUCUAAGUGAUUGGGAUUUUAUGGAUAAGCUGCUGAAUCGCGGAUCUGGUGCGAGUGACACAGAGGACUGGUGUCAGGAGAUGACACAGAUACGAGAUGAAAGACAAGAAGAGAACUUUCAGAAACUCCAGGCCACUGUAGAAGCACAAGGAAAACUUCUUCAGGCUAUGGCUGAGAAACUUAAAAUUACAGUGUAGAACAUAGAACAUAGUGAUUUGCUGCAUUGUGCGAGUGUCGAUAUUUAGUGCGCACGAGUAAAGCAAGGGGCUUGACCGUAAUGUAAUUAUGUAAUUAUUUAAUUUAAUUUAAUUUAAU